AUGAACAAGAGAAAGUCUGGUGCUGAUGACGAGCAAGCUCAGCUUUGCAAGAAGCUCAAGCUGAAGCCGCUCGACGGCGCGGCCGAUGCUGAUACGCUUGACGCCGGCACCGCAUCUUCAACUGCAUCAUCCUCGGCAGCUCCAAAAGCCUCUUCUUCUGUCUCUGCCUUUGUCAAGACUGAAGUUUCCGAAGCUCAUGAAGCUUCCAAUGCCCAUGGCACUCGAGGCGUCCCGGCUUCCGAGCGCCCCAACAAGCGUAAGGCAGUGGACGAUGCCGAGUCGAGCCGGCCUGCUGAGCCAAAGAAAAAACGAGUCGAGAUAGACUGGGAAAACUUCGACUUGGAAAAGUUCGAAGCCCGCGGCCGUGGAAAGAGUCCGCCCAAGUACAACUUCCAGUGGAAAGAGCACGUCUACAAACCGCGGCCGCCCUUGACUCCGUUUCAAAGGGCGUUCCGCAAUGCUCCCAGAGAGGUUCAUCAGAUCUUUGCUGCAUGGCCAGACACAGAUUCGGAAGACGAGCGGAAAAGAAACGGCAUGCUGAGCCCGAGCUCUUCCGUUAAUGGGGACGCUGUCCAACAGCCCGUCGCUGUGCCAGGAGCACACGAUCUCAUCUCCACUCCUCGACCUACAGCUCAAUAA